AUGAUCGCCUUGAUGUCGCACUGGCUGUUGACGCGGAUGGGCUUCACGUUGGGGGCGAGGAUCUGCCCUGGGCCACGGCACGUCGGUUGCUGGGCCCUACGAGGAGGGCCGGAGCGCGGCAACAGUGCGGCAACUCAUUUCUUGUUUCCCAUUGUUGCUACAUGCUGUUUGUAUUGUUUGUGCCUUUUUCGGCUUCGUGUGUUGCUGGAUUUGUUUCUAUUGCUGUUUCUAUUGCUGGCUGUGCCAUCAAUGCCAAGUUCCUUCGUCCUGCCACUUUUUGUGAACAAGACACGUCUGGCUCAGUGCCAUUGGCUCGAGCCUGGAGAUCGGUCUGCAAGGCCCUGA